AUCAAGCUAGGUUGCAGCGUCACGGUUGUUGAUGUGUAGCAGUCAGAAGUCACGCAGCGGAGCGGACGACUAGCAGACGAUGCAGUUCCUCGGCCGGCUGUUGGACACCGUCUCCUCCGUGUCGACCCUCUUCACCAACCCCUACCGCGUGCGGGACGUGCCGCUGUCCGACUACGGUGGAGGAGGCAAGGUCUUGCUGAAGGAGGAGGGACGCAUCCUCUUGUACAGAAACACCAACUAUCAGUCAUGGGACGGCCUGCUGAUGUGCCCUGAGACACCCACCAUGGUGCUGAGGCUGUUUCAGGUGGCAUCGGAGGAGGACGCCAUGAACUGGUUUGCGCAGUACGCCCUCAAGCUCCGCCCCUUCUACGAGACGCUCCCUCUGAAGGCGGAGACCACGCAGCCAAUCGUGGACUGCAUCCGCCAACACCCGGACUGGAGCUCCGCCCACGUCGCCGUGGAGACGGGCUUGAGAGAGUGUCUCAAGCAUAACUAUGUCCAGAGCCAGAUCAACAGUCGGGACGCUUUAGGCCAGACGCCGCUGCAUCGGGCAUGCGAGCGCGGUGACCUGGUGUGCGUGAAGGAGCUGUUGGACGAAAGCCAAGCUCGCACCGACAUCAAAGACCACAGCGGCGAGACACCCAUGCACUGCGCCGCCAAGCAGGACUCUCCUGCCGUCAUCCAGGUGCUGUGCUUGAGACUGUGCUCGGGGGUGAACGAGCUGAACGGCAACGGGGAGACGCCUCUGCACGUGGCCUGCCGCUUGGGACGCGUGGAGGGCGUCAAAGCUCUGUUGGACGGUGGGGCCAAGUGCGACGUCGCUGGCGGCACCGGCUAUCCCAUCCACAGUGCCAUGAAGUACAGCGAGAAGGGCUGUGUGGAGGAGAUCCUGAAAGCAGACCGAGGCCAGCUCCAGGCUGAAGACUCCAUGUACGGAGGGACGCCUCUGCACUGGGCCAAAACUGCUGAGAUGUGUCGUGUGCUGCUGGAGCACGGCUGUGCGGUGAACUACCUCAGCAAGACGGGCGAGAGCGCUCUCCACAUUUUGACCAAGAGGGGGCGCUUUGAGGCGGCCAUGGUGUUGCUCACCCACGGGGCCAAUGCUAACCUGAAGGGCCAGGACGGCAACACGGCCCUUCACCUUGCCAUGAAGAUGGACCACAUUGACUUGAUCAAAGCUCUGAUCGUGUUCGGUGCCGAUGUGGAGAUCCACAACGACCUGGGAGAAACACCUGGACUGAUCGCCGCUCGCACCAGCAAAGGUCCUAAUAGAAAGAUACUGCUGGACAUGCUGUGUAGUGUAGGGGUCCAGCGUUGCCACCCCCCCUCCCCUGGCAGCCCUCCCCCUGUCUCCUACCAGGUCAAGACUCAAGGCAUAGGGUUCGAGGACAUCAUGUACGUGGGGGCUACGAUCGGCGCGAUGGGCAAAGGCACGUCUGAAGUGGACGGACGCAAAAUGGUGAAAACCAAGAUGGACAGGCUGCUGUGUCUGGAUGGUGGAGGAAUCAAGGGUCUAGUGUUGAUCCAGAUGUUGAUCGCUCUGGAGAAAGAGGCGGGUCGACCCACCAGAGACCUCUUCGACUGGGUGGCUGGCACGAGCACCGGGGGGAUCCUGGCCCUCGCUAUAAUCCAUGGUAAAUCCAUGGAGUACCUGCGCUGCUUAUACUUUAGGAUGAAGGAACAGGUAUUUAGGGGGUCACGACCCUAUGAAUCUGCACCGCUGGAGGACUUCCUGAAGAAAGAGUUUGGAGAGAACACCAAGAUGACAGAUGUCCAAUACCCCAGGGUGAUGGUGACCAGUGUCCUGGCCGACAGACAUCCGGGCGAGCUGCACAUCUUCAGGAACUACAACCCUCCCUCCGUCCACAGAGUGCCCCCGUAUGCCACCACCGCCACGUACAAACCCAUCACCGUCCCACAAGGAUGGGAAGAUGAGGAUGUGUUGAUAGUAGGAUGCACAGAGGAGCCGCCCAGAAAGCGUAGGAGGGUGACGGAUGAAGAACAACUUGUUUGGCGAGCCGCUCGCUCCAGCGGUGCCGCUCCCACCUACUUCCGACCAAUGGGACGCUUUCUGGACGGAGGGCUGCUGGCCAAUAACCCGACACUGGACGCCAUGUCAGAAAUCAAUCAAUACAACAAAGCCUUAAAAGCAGAGGGCCAUGGAGAGAAAAUUAAGAAGUUGGGUAUGGUGGUCUCCCUUGGCACAGGUAAACCCCCUCAGGUGGUGGUGAGCUCUGUGGAUGUUUUCCGACCCUCCAAUCCUCUGGAGCUGGCCAAGAGCUUUGUAGGAGCAAGGGAGCUGGGCAAGAUGCUGGUCGACUGUUGUACAGACUCGGAUGGCUGUGCCGUGGACAGAGCCAGCGCCUGGUGUGAAAUGAUCGACACCAUCUAUCACAGACUGAGUCCCCAGCUGUCACAGGAGGUGAUGCUGGACGAGGUGAGCGACGCGGUCCUGGUGGACAUGCUGUGGGAGACCCAGAUGUACCUGUAUGAGAAGAGAGAGAUGCUCCGAUCCCUGGCAAACGUGCUACUGGGUUGACUGAAAGCGUGAGGAAAAAUCCCGCGGAGAGGCUGUGAAGAUGGCGGCCACAAGAAUAGAAGAGAUGAAGGUAUAUACCGGGAGAGGACCCUGAGGGGGUCCAAGAUAGAGAGUGGUUGGACGAGGAACAAAGGCAUUGGGCUGGUAGAAAUGCAAACACUGACAACUAAUGCACUUUUAACAACUGACUUGAUGUUGUUUAAUGAAAGGUAAUUUACGUAGCAUCACGUGACCUUAUCAAUGACCUUACCAUUAUCAGGUGUAUUUGUUUGUCUGUGAACCAGUGAAGGACAGAGUGUAGACUUCCCCAUCAUGAGUAGGUGAGUACAGGGUAAAUGUUGGUGAUAGUAGUAUCAACCAAAUUAGACAAAACGUAGCACGCACGCACACUGACCGUGACACUGUCGGCUUACUGUGGUUUUGUUUCCUGUUCUUCAUAGUGUUUGGUGAAAGAUAGAGCAGGUUAAAAUCUAUUUCGGACUUUGUACGGUUUCCUCUCUCCACUAUUCAUUUUCAUGCCUUUGUAAUUUAUUCAUUCUGACAAAAUAUCUAACCUCACACCCACGUAUUUAACUCGUAGUUCUUCAAACCGGAGUGGAAACUCAACUUGAAUUAUCAACUUACUUGAAAGACAAAGAAACAGAGGAAUCACUGCUUCCCGCACAACGUAAACCUGAUGCAACAAACUAUUUCCCUUGUGUUAUUUUGUAUCUGGAUUAAUUAUUGAAGUGUAUACUGGUAUGGUAAUAAAAUAUAUUAAUAUUUACUCGA